CAGCUGUCGUGCUGUUUUGCGGCGGUGUGGCACGAGCGCGCGCGCUUCGCUUUCCGGCAGUGUGGCAUUGCUGGAGGAAGAUGAGGAGGAAGAUGUCUGAAUCUCAUGCCGAGGCGGGAAACGAGAUGCCGCAUAACAAAAAACAGAAAUUAAGCAGCGAUGAAAACAGCAACCCCGAUCUGUCUGGAGACGAUAAUGAUGACGCCGUCAGCGUUGAAAGCGGCACCAACCUGGAGCGGCCGGACACACCGACCAACACGGCCAAUGCCCCGGGCAGGAAGAGCUGGGGCAAAGGCAAGUGGAAGUCCAAGAAAUGCAAAUAUUCCUUCAAGUGUGUCAACAGUCUGAGGGAGGAUCAUGGGCAGCCGCUGUUCGGAGUGCAGUUCAACUGGCACAGUAAAGAAGGAGAUCCGCUGGUGUUCGCGACGGUCGGCAGCAACCGGGUGACUUUAUACGAGUGUCAUUCUCAGGGAGAGAUUCGUCUGCUGCAGUCGUAUGUCGAUGCUGAUGCAGAUGAAAACUUCUACACCUGCGCUUGGACCUUCGACACGAGCACCAGUCACCCGCUGCUGGCCGUGGCCGGGUCACGUGGCAUCAUCCGCAUCAUCAACCACAUCACCAUGCAGUGCGUCAAACAUUAUGUCGGCCAUGGUAACGCAAUCAACGAACUCAAAUUUCACCCGAGGGAUCCGAACCUCCUGCUGUCAGUCAGUAAAGAUCACGCGCUGCGCCUCUGGAACAUCCAGACAGACACUCUGGUGGCCAUCUUUGGAGGCGUGGAGGGCCAUCGCGACGAGGUCUUGAGCGCGGAUUUUGACCUGCUUGGUGAGAAGAUCAUGUCGUGUGGGAUGGAUCACUCGUUGAAACUGUGGAGGAUCGACUCUGAGCGGAUGCAGAAAGCCAUUCGCGGCUCAUACGAGUACAACCCCAGCAAAACCAACCGGCCUUUUGUGUCUCAGAAGAUUCACUUCCCAGACUUCUCCACGCGGGACAUCCACAGGAACUACGUGGACUGCGUCCGCUGGCUCGGCGACUUGAUCCUCUCUAAGGUACUUUCACCUGCCGCACAACAGCAGCUACACACAUUUCAGUUUGUUUACUCAUCUUUAUUAUUUCUCUUGUUUGGUCAUGUUUCGCAGUCAUGUGAGAACGCAAUUGUGUGUUGGAAACCUGGGAAAAUGGAAGACGAUAUUGACCAAAUCAAACCGAACGAGUCUAAUGUGACGAUUCUUGGCCGCUUUGAUUACAGUCAGUGUGACAUUUGGUACAUGCGCUUCUCUAUGGACUUCUGGCAGAAGAUGCUCGCUCUGGGAAAUCAAGUCGGGAAGCUGUACGUUUGGGACCUGGAAGUGGAAGAUCCUCAUAAAGCAAAGUGUACGACGCUAACCCUCCCUAAAUGCACGUCGGCCAUCAGACAGACGAGCUUCAGUCGUGACAGCAGUAUUCUGAUCGCCGUGUGUGACGAUGCCUCCAUCUGGCGCUGGGACCGUCUGCGCUGAUCCGCUGAUGAUUGAUGAAUGAUUGAUCAUCAGGUUCUGUCACUGCUUUUGUUUUUAUCUUGACUUUGCUUUCAUCUUUUGCUUUUCUCUUUGCCGUUUUCUUGUCUGACUUUAAUAAAAUCUAUUUUUCUAACCUAA